UUAACACACUAGUUUUGCUUUCUGCCCUCUUAGUAACAUGUUCACUCUAUUCAUAUUCUAUUCCCGUAUUUUUUUUUAGAAAAGAGAUAUGUGUAGCUAUCAUCAUUAAAGUUGGGUUAACAACAAAAUUGUCUGGUUAUUUGUACUUCACUGUGGGAACAUUAUGACAAUAUGAAGUUCAACCGUGCUGUUUAUGUUAGAUCUCUGCAUUUGCUACUAGAUUAGCAUCCAUAUGAUAAUGGCAGAUGUCUUGGUUGUUUUUUCAGAAUUAAACUUGUGGGUGGUGUUGGAACAGAUGGACUGGGGAGAGUGAGGAGAACACGAGGGCCCACUCGAGCACGGGACGUAUGGAGCCUACCUGAGGAUGAGAAGAUUGUCGUCCAUUGCAACGAACUGGGGCAGCCCAUCAAUAAUGCUGCAAGCAUUUUAUCAACUUUUUUAGGAUCGGUUGCGCGGAAGGGACAAUUGUGUCCACUCAACUAUACGAAAUGGAACGAAAUGCUUCCUUCAUAUAAGGUUGAGCUUCUUAGAGUUGUUGAGACAAAGUUUGUCCUGCCUGCAAAUAGCCAUGAUUGGGUGCUAAAGUCCGUCAACCGCAAAUGGAAAGAAUAUAAGGCGAAGCUAAAGGCGGAUUGGAAGCACAAGGGCAUGACUGAAGAGGAGGUGGCCCGUGUUUGUCCUCCAGAUGUAAUCUCUCAUCAGUGGAGGGAGCUUGUCCACUACUGGUUUUCCGAGAGAGCUCAGGUUGUGUAUAUUUUUUCAAUACCUUAGAUUGUAUUUACUAUUAUUAUAGAUUAAAAAUUUAUACAUUUUAUGCAUUACAUUGUUUAUUGUUUUUCGGGGAAGACAUAUUCCAAUAUUGGUAGAGCUGCUCGAGCAUCACAGACUGUUCCUCACACUUCAGGCUCCAUGAGUUAUGCGAGGCGUAGAGCUGAAUUCGUGGAUGAUAAUGGGAGGGAGCCUGGUAGGGUGGAGUUUUAUAGGAUGACUCACACCCACCGAGAUGGCAGCUUUGUCCGAGAGGAGUCAAGAGAUAUAGUUGAUAGGGCAACAAAUCUUAUUUCGGAGCGCGUCGGGGGGUCAUCAUCAUCCGACGCGACCCAUAAUAUUGAAGCUGAAGUGCUCGCUGAAUUGAUGGGCCCAGAGCGUUAUGGUCGAGUAAGGGGUUACGGCGUUGGAGUUACCCCCACUCAGUUGUCUUCAGUGGGCACAUAUACAAGAAAUGCCAGAGAAUCUAGUAACACUGCAGAAGUUCGUCGGCUUCAAGCAACUAUUGAUGAGUUGAAGCAAAACCAAGCAAAUUUGCAGUCUCAGCUUACGAAUAUUUCUUCCAUGUUACAACGGUUUCUCCCUUCUCAGAUUCCUGAUACUUCAAACGCUAGUAGAGAUGAUGAUGGAGCUGAAUCCCGUCCCUGAUGCAUUCUAGAUUAUCUUUUAUGAGUUUGAUAUGUAUAUGUUUCUGCUUUUUCAGAGUACAUUGUAAUUUGCUUUUUCAGAGUACAUUGUAAUUUGCUUUUUUAGAGUACAUUGUAAUUUGUAUGGCAGCUUUUCUGAUACAUGAGUCAAAAACAUGGAGUUUUAAUCAGAUAUAUCAAUAUUCAUAUUUUGAAUGAUC